UGUCCAUCACGACAAGAUUGAGAGAGAUUCAGGGGGGACGCACGCACCGCACCAGUCAACGAGCACUCAGACAUGUUUACAUAUUUUUCACUGUCUGUUCUUUCCUCCAUUUUAUUCAUAUUGUCCGAAGCAAACUUCCUUUUUCCAAAAAUCUCCCCACUUUCCUCACCUAAUUCCUCCAUUGCACUCUCCUUUUUCGGCCUCCAAAGUUCAAAUCUUGAAAUUCAACCACCACCCCACUUUCACACUUAAAAGCGAACAAAUUAGCACGGAAGAACCCAUCUGUGAAGAACCCAUCUGGGAAUUUUCCUCUGUCUCUAGAGAUUGGAAACGAGCACAAGGAAUCUCUGCCUUUUUAGUUCUCGGUUUUUCUUUUUUUGGGAAAAUUUGUUCUUGGGACAAAGUAAAGUUCUGAUUUUUUCUGUGGCUACGCAUGGGCUGAUAAAUCAAGGUUCUUGCUUUUUUUCUGUCUUCAAACGGUUCACGCCUCCUGGGAGCUCGAUUAUUGGGCAAUAACCUGGGAUUGGAAGUGGGCUUUGCGUGGUUUUUUUAUUUGUGGGAAGGAGGUGGAGCUGCUGCACCAAUGGUGAUUGGUUGAUGUGGUGGAGUGAAAGGUUCUGCCCGGAGAGAGAAGAUGGUGGUGAGGAAGGUGGGGAAGUACGAGGUGGGGAGGACGAUUGGAGAAGGGACCUUCGCGAAGGUGAAGUUCGCGCAGAACACCGAAACGGGCGAGAGUGUCGCCAUGAAAGUGCUCGAUCGCGGCACCAUCAUUAAGCACAAGAUGGUGGAACAGAUUAAAAGGGAGAUAUCGAUAAUGAAACUUGUGCGGCAUCCCUACGUUGUUCGUCUCCAUGAGGUUCUUGCCAGCCGAACCAAGAUUUACAUAAUCUUGGAGUUUAUUACAGGUGGAGAAUUGUUUGACAAAAUAGUCCAUCAUGGACGUCUCAGUGAAGCUGAGUCUAGAAGAUACUUUCAGCAACUUAUUGAUGGGGUAGAUUUUUGCCACAGCAAAGGAGUGUAUCACAGAGACUUAAAGCCUGAAAAUCUUUUACUCGACUCCCAAGGAAACUUGAAAAUCUCUGAUUUUGGUCUUAGUGCAUUGCCUGAGCAGGGGGUUAGCUUACUUCGGACAACAUGUGGGACUCCUAAUUAUGUAGCACCAGAGGUACUUAGUCACAAGGGUUACUACGGUGCCCCAGCAGAUGUUUGGUCCUGCGGGGUGAUCCUUUAUGUUUUGAUGGCAGGAUAUCUCCCGUUUGAUGAACUAGACCUCACCACACUUUACAGUAAGAUUGAUAAUGCCGACUUUUCAUGCCCAUCAUGGUUUCCCAUGGGAGCAAAGUCCUUGAUUCAGAGGAUUUUAGAUCCAAAUCCUGAAACUCGAAUUACAAUAGAGCAGAUCAGAGAUGAUGAAUGGUUUAAGAAAAGUUAUAAUCCUGUCAGAGUCAUUGAAUCUGAAGCUGUGAACUUGGAAGAUAUAAAUGCUGCCUUUGACGAUGAUGAGCAGCCUAAUGAGGAAAGUGGGAAUGAAGACAUGCGUCCGUUGAUUCUUAAUGCAUUUGAUUUGAUAAUCUUAUCUCAAGGGUUAAACCUUUCAGCCCUCUUUGACAGGGGUCAGAACUUUGAUUCAUCCCAUCUUCAACAGGACUCUGUGAAGCAUCAAACUCGCUUUGUGUCACAGAAACCCGCAAAGGUGGUUUUAUCGAGUAUGGAAGUUGUUGCACAAUCUAUGGGUUUCAAGACACAUAUUCGCAAUUAUAAGAUGAGAGUGGAAGGUCUAUCAGCAAGCAAGAACUCUCAUUUCUCUGUUAUUCUGGAGAUUUUUGAGGUUGCUCCAACAUACUUCAUGGUUGAUAUUCAGAAUGCAGCUGGAGAUGCCAAUGAGUACCUUAAGGCUAGACAUCAAAAACUGUCGGUCAAUUGGGCGAAGGCGAGCCCAUGUAAUUGUGGAAAAUGAAGUGCCGCGGGCUCGAGUUACUAGCUCUCGAUUGCAGUUCUGUGCCCAAAAGGGGAGGUUGUGAGGGGACAAGAAUUAAGAAUCGAUUAUGUAGAGCGAAUUUUCAGUUCAUAACUUUUGUCACUUGUCUGCAUUGCAGUUCUACAAGAGUUUCUGUAGCAAUCUCGAGGACAUCAUCUGGAAGCCUGCCGGCGAAUCGGCCAAAUCUAGGAUCACGAAGAGCAAAA